AUGGCAAUUAUGAACAGUGUGCAUGGCCUCCGGCUGAUGAGAUCAUGCCAUUUAUCUGUGAUGCCAACUUCAGCACUGGCAGAGAUCUCCAAACACUUGCAUCAACAGAUGAUCAACCUUCAGCGCGGACCAAAUCCGUGCAAUAACAGGACGUGCAAUCAGCAUGACGUGUGCGCUAGCAUCGGAAUUGUCCAACACAAAUGUUUAUCCAUAGUUGAAUCAAUGGAUGCCAUUCACAGUUUAACAAAACAACUUUAUGUAGGCGAGACACUGAAGUACGCGGAAUGUUUGUUAUUCUAUGUUUCAGAUAUGAGCUGUGGUCCACCGGCAACUUUAGCGAAUACAGAUGUGAUCUUCAGCGCAACUACAACGGGUUCUGAGGCCAACUACACGUGUAAAUCAGGAUACAACUACGUCAGCGGGACGUCGGUGUCCACCUGCCACUCAGACUCUCUGUGGUCGACAGCUACCAUCCAGUGUCAAGUUGCUGACUGUGGUCCUCUGAGCAACACAUCGGAAAUCCAUGUGACGUACAGCUCCACUGUCUUCGGCUCAACUGCCCUACUGAACUGUGUGGACGGAUUCCACCCAAACAACAUGUCUACGACUUGCCAAGCCAACGGCACUUGGUCAGACUUCAACCUGCUGUGCACAGGAAUUGAGUGUGGAGUUCCAAGUACAAUCUCUGGAUCUGACCUGACAUACACAUCUACUAUUUUCCCAUCUGAUGCGAUCUACACGUGUAAAACUGGAUAUGUUUACGUCAGUGGAUCCAACACUUCAACAUGUCAAACAGAUGGACAGUGGUCUGACCCUCAUUUGAACUGCACAGGGAUUGGAUGUGGGGUUCCCAGUUCAACACAGGGCGCUGAUGUCACAUAUUCCUCAACGAUAUUCCCAUCUGUGGCAAACUACACAUGCGCCAACGGAUAUGUUUACGUCAGUGGAUCCAACUCUUCAACAUGUGACGCUAAUGGUCAGUGGUCUGAUCCGGCGUUAAACUGUACAGGAAUAGAAUGUGGAGUUCCAAAUACUAUACCUGGAUCUGACCUGACAUACGUGUCUACUAUUUUUCCAUCUGACGCGAUCUACACGUGUGCAUCUGGAUAUGUUUACGUCAGUGGGUCCAAGUCUUCGACAUGUCAAGCUAAUGGACAGUGGUCUGACCCGGCAUUAAACUGUACAGGGAUCGACUGUGGGAUACCUAAUGAUAUAGCGGGAGCCGAUCUGACGUAUUCCUCAACAAUAUUUCUGUCAGUAGCUAGUUACACUUGUAAACCUGGAUAUGAUUACGUCAGUGGAUCCAACUCUUCAACGUGCCAAGCAAAUGGACAGUGGUUUGAUCCGAUUUUGACCUGCACAGGAAUCAACUGUGGAAAUCCAACCUCUAAACCUAAUUCGUUUGUGCUGAAUUCCUCCACCCGUUUCCCGUCCGUGGCGUACUACAUGUGUGCGCCUGGCUACGUUUAUAACAGCGGAUCCAACACAUCCACGUGUCAGCAAAAUGGCACGUGGACUGACAGUGAAUUAAACUGUUCCGGUCUUGACUGCAGUGCACCCAGUUCUAUAUAUGGGUCAGAUGUUUCCUAUUCCUCCACGAUAUUCCCGACUACAGCGGACUACACGUGUAAAACUGGAUAUGUCUACGUCAGUGGAUCUAACUCUUCAGUGUGUCAGUCAAAUGGACAGUGGUCUGAUCCGGGGUUAAAUUGUACAGGUAUUGACUGUGGGACGCCUAUCAACAUACCGGAAGCCGAUCUGACGUAUUCCAACACGAUAUUCCCGUCCGUAGCAAGUUACACGUGUAAAACUGGAUAUGUUUACGUCAGCCGGUCCAACUCUUCAACAUGCCAAGCUAAUGGACAGUGGUCUGAUCUGACAUUAAUCUGUACAGGCGUUGACUGCAGUGCACCCAGUUCUAUAUCUGGGUCAGAUGUUUCCUAUUCCUCCACGAUAUUCCCGACUACAGCGGACUACACGUGUAAAACUGGUUAUGUCUACGUCAGUGGAUCCAACACUUCAACAUGCCAGUCAAAUGGACAGUGGUCUGAUCCAGCGUUAAACUGUGCAGGUAUUGACUGUGGGGCGCCUAUCAAUAUAUCUGAAGCCGAUGUGACCUAUUCCAGCACGGUAUUCCCGUCUGUAGCAACUUACACGUGUAAAACUGGAUAUGUUUACGUCAGUGGAUCCAACUCGUCAACAUGCCAGUCAAAUGGACAGUGGUCUGGUCCGGCGUUAAACUGUACAGAGAUUGACUGCGGAACGCCCAUUAUCAUAUUUGGAGCAACUACAACAUUUACAACUACAACAUACCUAUCUGUAACACACUACGCAUGUGCAACCGUAUAUGUCUACGUCAGUGGAUCCAACACUUCUACCUGUCAAGCGAAUGGACAGUGGUCUCACCCGGCGUUACACUGUAUCGUUUCAGUUAUGUGUCCGGUACCUUCUCCAAUCGCCAACGGACACGUGGCCUACGAUUCAUUGUCGGUGAACAGCGUCGCUAACUACAGCUGUGUUAGCAACUUCUUCUACUUUGGAUACAGUAACAGGAGUGUGUGUCAAACGGAUGGAGCGUGGGCAGGGCGUCGCGGUUCUUGCGUGUCAAAUGCCUUUCCUAUGCACGGGAUAUUUGCUGGACCAGUGACAGCCGGCUGGAAGGUUGAAGUGUUGGCCACACCAUGCAAUGAGGAAAGAACGACAGUAGAAUUGAGGUAUGACAACGGCGCUUACAGGGCCAUUCAUAUUGAUAUUCGUUUCAACUACGGAGGGUUUGUCAACACGGUGGUCCGCAAUAUGUUCACAUCCGCAGGCUGGGGCUACGCAAACAGCACACAGCCGUACUUUCCCUUUGCUAUAGGAAGACCAUUUAAUCUUACAGUAGUGACGACGGUAUCUUCAGGAUUUGACAUCUACGUCGAUGGGGCAUACUUCAUUACUUGGGGAUACAACGGUGUUGACUUUACCCAGGUCAAUCAGGUCACCAUCUUGAUAGGAGCCGACAUCGAUUUAAUUCAAUUAUAUAACUGAACUUUAAAACGAAA